AUGGGUAUUGAGCCGUGCGUGUCUGUACUCGCCGAUACGCUGCACCCAUACCCUGCCACGAAGCUCGGCUUUCAGCCUUCCACGCUGUUUGGCAAGGAGCACGGCAGUGCCAGUGCCUACGACAAACACCGCUCGUAUGGUUGGCAAGGCAGCGAUGCGAGCCUGAGCCGCGCAAGCAGCCAGAGCAGUGCAAGCAGCGCCUCGCAAGCAGAUACGAGCGAGUUUGUCUCCGACGCAAGCGAUGCGUACCCCGACACGGAACUGCUUGCGAGCAGCGCCGAGUGCCUGCACAUCUGGGAACUGACACGCAAUGAUGCGAUGGACGAAAUGCACCAGGAGUACGAAGGGAUGUCGCUGUCCAGCAGCAAGCGCCGCACACCGCCCUUUGCGCUGAAGGAAAAAUGCGCGCUUGCGCAUGCCAAGAACUCGAGCAGUCCGCCCGCACCGCUCACGUCUUUCUCGUGGAACGCGCCGUCGCCGAAUCUGAUCGUGACGUCGAGCAUCGAUACGACGUGCACAAUCUGGGACCUCAAUUCGCGCGUCGCACUCACGCAGCUCAUUGCGCACGAUCGUGAGGUAUAUGACGUAGACUGGUGUCCUGGAAGUGCCGACGUAUUUGCAUCGGUCGGCGCGGACGGGAGUGUGCGUGUAUUUGACCUGCGCAACCUGGAGCACAGCACGAUUAUAUACGAGACCAACUUGCACAAUGAGCACGAUAGCACGACCUACACCUCGAGCUCGACAGCGGUGCCGUUGCUCCGUAUCGCGUUUAAUCCGUGGGAUGCCAACUACCUCGCUACCUUCCACAUCGAGUCGGAUACCGUGCAGAUCCUCGACGUGCGCGCGCCGGGCAGCCCGAUCCUCGAGCUGCGUGGGCACAGCGGCGCAGUGAACAGCAUCGCAUGGGGACCGCCGAGCCAGAUGCAGGGGCGCAAUGGGCCGAGCAAAGGAAUGGUAUGCACCGGCGGCGACGAUGCACAGUGCCUCGUGUACGAUAUGGCGAGCACCACACUACGCAGCGCAUCCGCCCAGGGCCGCCGCUCGAGGAACGGGCAUGGCGGCAGCCCCGCAGCGGGCGCCCCCGACGCACUGCGCAUCGGCGCAGAAGUACCGGUGCUUGCAUAUACGGCGCCAUCGAUGGUGAACAACGUCACAUGGCUCCGCAGCCCGCUCUCCUCGCGCCGCACGACACACGGCAAACACCAUAGUUUCUACCGGAAUCUGCUCCCCGAAUGGAGCGACUACACCUCGCCCGCAGCACAAGGCACCGGCAACGCCGACUGGCUUGCGCUCUGUGCUGGGCGCGCGGUGAAGAUGCUUCGCGUGUAG